UGCUUCCAUUUUUAUUCUCGUAUGUAUCAGUGGUUUAUAAGUCGAAACUAAUCGUAGAUGGCGCUGUCUACUCGAAAUUUAUAAGUUUUAACCUGACCGUAGCUGUAAGGAGGUUAUGUGUCCGUUGAUUAAUGCGAUAGUGAAAGAUUAUUUCGGACAAUGGCCAACGAUCACGGAAACGAUGAAAGAGGUAAAAAACGAAAGAAGAAACGAUCUCAAAUUCAGAUGGCGAAAAAGUUGGCACGGCAACGAAAUCAUGGGUCCGACGUAGACUCUGAGACUUACCAGUACAUGGUGCAUAUCCUGGAGUUAAUGAAAGGCGAUUUCUCUACCACCGAAGAAAAAUUGAUAUUUGUGAAUAACGUGUACGAACAAACUCUUGGUCGCGAAGUCGAAUAUGCCCGGAAUCAGGUUGGUUCCAGGAUACUGGACUCGCUUUUAAAGUAUGCGAGGUUAGAAACGAUCGAGAGGUUAGUUGCUGCUUUCAAAUCUACUUUACGACCUCUCAGUAGCGAUACGUUCGCUAGCCAUGUUUUGCAAAAAAUCAUAGUGGUUUGCGCCGAUAGAGGAAACAAAAACACGAUUUCGGGAUCGUGCAUCGAACGAGAUGCAGAUAUCGAUAUAGAGGUUAAAGAUUCGGAAAUAGAAUCUUACAACAGCAUCGUGUUGAAUCUAAGCAAAUAUUUUAUCAACAAUAUAGAGGAGUUUGUAUUCGAUACGUAUGCGAAUCAUGUUUUGAGAACUGUCAUAGAAUGUCUCGGCGGGCUGAUCGAUAAGUCCGACAAUAGCACCGAUAAAAGAAAGGUGAUAUUUGGCGAAAGACGAUCGGUCAUACAAGAGUACAAAGACUUAUUAUUCGGAACGUGCAACAGAUUAUACAGGUGGCCCCGGUUUCUAGAAUUUGGUCAAGACGAACUUACAUCUGGAUUAUUGCAAAGCGUCUUAUAUUCUUUGAAGGGUACGUUUCCGGAAUUGAUGGAAACGUACAUUAAAAAAAUUACGGAAGAAUGUUUCGAGCCUGGAAAGGGGGAGCAGGAACUGUCCAACAUUUUUCACGCAGAAAGUUCGACCAGAUUGCUGGAAGCUUGCUUAUCGGUAGCCAGUCCCAAAUCUUUGUAUACGAUUUACGAAGAAUAUUUUUCAGGUAAUUUGAAACGGCUAUCGUCGAUGCGGAGCGCAAAUUUCAGCGUACAGCGAUUAUUCGACCACUGUACCGUGAAGGAACAUUUCGAGCAAUUAUUCGAAGAAAUUCACACACACUUCGGCGAACUCCUCGACAAGGGUCAUACCGGUGUUUUGGUUAGCGUGGCGAACGCAUGUUUGAGAUUGCAAACGAAACAAGGUGCGUUUGUAACUGAUCUGUUGAAAGUUCUAGGGUGUGAAGCAAACGAGAGACAGCAUCGAAUCGUGACGUGUAUAAUAAGCCUAAGAACGUUCGAACAUUGGGAACAUUCAGAAGGGAAGGAGGAAAAUGAUUUGAAACGUUCGAUCAGCUUACAAGGGAGUUUGAUCGUACAGGACAUUCUUAGGUUUAACAAGCCCAUAAAAAUGGUCAAUUCUUUGUUGGAAACAGACGUAGAGGAACUAGCGCGAAUAUUUGAAGAUCCGAAAGGCAGCCGCAUAGUGGACGCUUUUAUGGACAGCAAAUACAUCGGCGAGAAAAGCAGGGAAAAGCUUGCGAAGAAAUUGAAAGGAUACUGGGCGCAAUUAGCUCGCAGUACACACGGUUCCAGAAGCUUGGACAGAAUAUGGGAAUGGGCACGUAUAACUCAGAGAACAUUGAUCAUGGAAGAGUUAGCAGCAGUCGGAGAAUCUUUACGUUCGACCAAAUCCGGACAAAUCAUUUCUAACAAACUAAACGUUCCGCUAUUCACGAGAAACAAGAAAGAUUGGAUGGAAGCGUUAGGAAAGGAAGAAAAGACGAGAGCCCUUUUUGUAAAUAUAAUUGGAAAUGCGGCGACAAAAGGGAAAUAACGUUCUCCUAUGAAAUCUUGUUUAUAUCAAUGAAAUGCCUCCGUGUGUAAAAAGAAAGAAGAAUGUGAAAAGAAUGUAAACGCGGAAAAGAAUGAUGCCAGUGCUCGUUCUUUAAGCGUUAUGACACAGAAUAAUCAUGUAUUUCCUUAAUUCGUAAAUACAAUCUAUAGAAUCCAUCAUA